GUAAAGCCUCGAACGUCACCCUCCCUCUCCCCCUCCCCUUAGCAACAGAGGCAACAUGGCGGCGUCCAGUACCGCGGAGCAUUCUCCAGAGAUAUCGACGCCGUUAAAGAUACCCAAAACCGAGGUGCCAUCCCCCGAGUCGGAAGAUUUGAGUGACAGUAAUCAAUACCAUUCCAAUCCCUCGACACCUAACCGCUUCUCGCCUUUGAACGUGGGCUCAGGGACCGCGGGCCGGACGGCGGCCUCAUCCUCCUCCAACAGCUUCACGGCUUGCCGAGGGAUGUCGUGGACCCCGUCCGAGACAAACGCCCUCAUCGCGGUGUGGGGCAACGAGAGGCUGACGGAGGCGAGGAUGCAGCAGUUGGAGGUCGCAGGCACCGUCUUCUCCGGUAAGGCCCCCGGCCCUGCCAUGUACGAGCGGGUGUCCAGAGCCUUGUCGGAGCUGGGAUAUGAGAGGACCCCGUCCCAGUGCAGGGAGAGGAUGAAGACGCUGCGGCGCUGCUACAGCCGCGUGAAGGAGCACGGCAUCGGCAAGCGGAAGAGCAGCUACACUAUAGAGCAGCUGGAGAAGGUGUUUGGUCAGGGAGGUUGGGACUCCCAGAGUUGUGCCCCGGUGCUGAUCAACAGCAGCGGGCUGUAUCAGGAGAUGGAGUCUGAUGGCAGCACCCUGGAAGACUUCUCCCAGGAGGACUGGUGCAACCAGGUGCUGGACUCUGCCUUCCAGGAGGGAGACAUGGAGACUGAAGAAACCCAGGUGCCUAAAAACAGAGCUCUGCAGAUUCAAAUAGAGCUGACAGAACAAAUCCAAAAAAGGGACACGAUGCAGACUGUGACGCGUAUCCUUGAGUCGGUGCAGCUGCAAUGGGAGCCCUUCCAGACAUGGACUGAGUUCUCCCGGCUGCACCUCUCCAACAAACUGGCCAUCUUUGGCGUGGGCUACAACACGCGCUGGCGCGAGGACGUGCGCUACCACUACGCCGAAAUCAGCUCGCAGGUGCCGCUGGGUAAGAGGCUCCGCGAGUACUUCAACCCCGAGAAGCCAGAGGGCCGCAUCAUCAUGACCAAAGUUCAGAAGAUGAACUGGAAGAACGUCUACUACAAGUUCCUGGACAUUACCAUCAGUGAGGCGCGCUGCCUGGAGCUGCACAUGGAGGUGGACUGGAUCCCUGUGUCCCAGUCCAGGGCAGCUGGCUGCAGCAAGGGCACAUCCCACUACCUCCUCCCUGGGGACAUCCCCAAGGCUUAUGGACUCUACGCAAUUGGCUACGAGGCAGUGGCAUCCUCUCACAACACGGCUCACUUCUUUCCCCAGGGGGAUGGUGAAGACCACAGUUCACCUCAGUGCUCAGAGAACGGGGAACAAAGUCAGGCUGAUGGAGAAGGGGCAGAGAGAUGUGACAGGACUGGGGCUAAAGUCACGUACUGCUACCUAGGCAUAGCGGAGGACAGGACCAUCCAGCAGAGUCUCUUCCAGCACUUCCAGGGCUACGGCAAACACUAUGUCCACCACGGGGUACCCUCCGCCAUCACACGUUUCCUGCAGGAGAACUGCCACGGCGACGUCACACAUGUCCAGAACGGGGAGGGAGACGAGGACUCAUCUCAACGUUUUGCUAUUUACAUAAAAUACAUUGAGGUGGAGCUGGACUUCCUCUCAGCAGGCUCCCUGGUGGAGUGCCUCGAAACUGCUGCAGGUUAUUCCUUGAAAUACAACAACAAAGAAACGUUGUAACUACACUCACAGCAUUUCAGAUUUGUAUUGACUAAAGAUAUAAUUAACAAGUCUUACAGCCCGCAAGGCAACAUGAAAGGUGACCAAUUCUGUCUGUUAUAAAGCAUGGAUGUGUGCAAGAGUCUGGCAUAUUUUUGCAGCCUUUUCAGCUCUAUUGAACAGAUUUUUCAUUUGACUCUUAAGUCUUAAAAGAUUGACGGUGCACAAUAUGGUAAAUGUAUUGUGUAAACAUAUGGGAGCAUAGCUUAAGUAUUACAAAGCUGCAACAUCCAAGAAGUACACUUAUUUAUUAUUUUAGGCUAAUGUGCACUACAAAGGUUUCUGCUGCUUGUUUAGUGUAGAUAAAUAUUGCCUCAUCAGGGAACGUGGGUUGGCAAGGUGACUACUGCAGUAUGCAUCUGUCUACCUCAGUAGGAUGUAGCGAACAAGGCAGCGACGGGACCAUAGCGUGUAUUUAUUUUAAAACUGCCUUUGCUUUGACUGUUGCGGUCUGGACCUGAAUUCAGAAAGUAUCAGAGUAACGGUUGAUUCAUGCCUUAUGUUUUGAAAGUGUAACUCUGCUGCAGCUAGGGAUGCUUCCAUGCAAAUUAGGGAGA